AUGAACUUUUCUCUGAAAAAGCCUACCAAGGCGCCGCCGAGCCGAAAGAAACUUGGAGAGGAAGAGGAACAAACAGAGCAGCCCCAGAAAGUCCGUCAAGUCGAGGCUGUCAAGUCCCACGACCCAGAGAUAUGCCUGCCUUCCAACUCAGGCUGGAUCCUUGCUGCGGCCGAUAAACAAGAAAAGCAUUCAAUUGAUCUUGAAACGGCAGUUGAACAAAACAAGUACCUCUCAAAAGAAGCAGUUGAAGAUAUGCUGUACGAGCAAGGCCUUCAGGAGCAUCCUGAUCCACCCACUGCCAAGGAGUACGACGAGUUAUCCGUAGACGAUUUUGGUGCUGCUCUGCUACGAGGACUAGGAAAGGACCCAGGGUCAAUAGAAACGGCCAAGGAAAACACGAGCUCCCAGGCUAGAAUGUCUACACAUUUAGGGGUAGGUGCCAAACCAGGCACGGUGGCCAGCGGGUUGAUUGUUCCGUUGACGAAACGACGCAAGAAAACUGACCACAGCAAAUCAGACAAAAUAAUUUUAUAA